AUGGCAGAAUGUUUCAAUGCUUGGAUUUUGGCAGCAAGGCAGAAGACUAUAGUGACAAUGCUUGAAGAAAUAAGGGUGAAGAUGAUGAACAGAAUAGGUCAGCUCAGGCAGUUUGGAAACACUUGGAUUACUGAUUUUUCACCAAUGGCCAUGAAAGUCUUGGAAGAGAACACAGAAAGGUCAAUGAAAUGUAACAUUUUCUGGAAUGGUGAGUUUGGAUUUGAAGUGAAGCAAGGAUCAGGUGCAAGUGAAAUGAAGCAUCUGGUGGACAUCAACAGGCAAACAUGCACCUGUAGAGCUUGGAUGUUAAAAGGCAUACCAUGUGCUCAUAUAGUUGCUGCCCUGCAUUAUAAAAAUCUGGAGCCUUUGAACUAUAUUUCUCACCGGUACAGUAAUGCCACUUACAUGAAAACAUACAGUUACUUUCUUCAGCCUGUCUUGGGUAUGAAUAUGUGGCCAGAGUCACAAAACCCAACUGUUAUACCACCUCAUGUCAAGAAGAUGCCAGGAAGCAAGUUUUGUGCCUGCAAGUGUUGGUAG